AUGGGCUUCAACGUGCCAAUUCUGAAUCGCGACUCGGACGCUGUCCGAGCAGCUACAAAGCAAUGGGUCGAGCAGCCACAGAAUCAGAAGAAACUCGUACUGGUUAUCGUCUCUGUGGCUCUACUGCUCGACAACAUGCUAUACAUGGUUAUUGUGCCAAUUAUUCCUAAAUACCUUCGUGAUAUUCAUGCAUAUUCGGUGGAAUUCUAUGGCUAUCACAAUGAAACCGAACGUCUUCCCAACGGUACCGUCAUAGUACGAGCCGUUGGUGCCAAAAUCGACUACAAAGAUGAAGAAAUGGAACUUGGCUGGUUAUUCGCUUCAAAAGCACUCAUCCAAAUAUUCGUCAAUCCAUUUUCUGGCUAUAUUAUUGACCGAAUCGGCUACGAACUUCCUAUGGUCAUCGGUCUAGUGACGAUGUUCAGUUCGACAGCUAUAUUUGCUCUCGGACACAGCUACACUGUCAUGUUCUUCGCCAGAUCAUUACAGGGAUUCGGCUCAGCUUUUGCCGACACCUCAGGACUGGCUAUGAUCGCCGACCGUUUUAAUGAAGAAAAUGAACGAUCAGCAGCACUUGGUAUCGCCCUGGCCUUUAUCUCUUUCGGCUGUCUCGUAGCACCACCAUUCGGAUCAGUGCUUUACUCGCUUGCCGGGAAACCCGUACCAUUCCUGAUCCUCUCGUUCGUUUGCCUCGCGGAUGCUUUGGCCGUCUUCAUGGUGAUCCAACCUGGUCGACGUGCAGCCGUCAAUGCGGCUGGAGAACGCAUCAAAGGCACUCCGAUGUGGCGUCUGUUCAUGGACCCGAUGAUCGCCAUUUGCUCUGGAGCACUGAUCAUGGCGAACGUCUCAUUGGCAUUUCUUGAACCAACCAUCACCAACUGGAUGGCUGAAAGUAUGCCGGAUACGCCUGUGUGGCUGGUGGGGGUCAUCUGGUUACCGGCCUUCUUCCCCCAUGUGCUCGGUGUCUACGUGACCGUCAAACUUCUGAAGGCAUUCCCAAAUCACACCUGGGCGAUCGCCUCUGUUGGUCUGGCUAUGGAAGGAAUAUCAUGCUUCGCCGUACCAUAUACUACGUCAGUUAUGCAGCUGAUUAUUCCACUGAGCUUCGUGUGCUUCGGCAUUGCCCUUAUCGACACUUCGCUUUUACCAAUGCUUGGAUAUCUCGUGGAUACACGCCAUGUACCCGUCUACGGUUCCGUAUACGCAAUUGCAGACAUUUCUUAUUCACUAGCUUACGCAUUUGGACCAAUCAUUGCCGGUUGGAUCGUGGGCAAUAUGAGCUUUUUCGCUCUGAAUAUUAUUAUCUUCGUAUUGAAUGUUGGCUAUACUCCCGUGAUUUUUAUGCUGAAAAAGGUACACGGGUACGAUUCGCUUACGCCAAAACCGGAACAGACGACAUUGAAAAACGAUAACUACGGAAAAAUCGAGAACGAUAACAAUGCGACGGAGAUGACAGCAGCACAAACCUAUCAAACUCCUAAUUACGGUACUCAAGGGCCAAACUAUCAGAACAGUUUCCCACAACCGGAAUAUCCAGCCGGCUUCGAUCCAUUGAAUCCACAGUGGUAG